AUGGCUUCUGUCGCUUUCUUCGUGCGGUUUGUGGCUCUGAUGUUGUUGGUUGUCAGCAUUGUCUAUUGUGACUUGGUUGGGCAUGGCGGGCAUGAGCUGGUCAACGGGAAGAUUGUAAAGCUGCGGGGAAACACAAAGAUAGCCGAGAAACCUGAGGAUCUUGAACUUUACAAAAAUAUGCCGGGCUCGUGUGAUGUUGAGAUGGAUAAGGACGGAAAUAUAACUAUCUGGUACCUCAAAAAUUCCAAAACAACGAAGGAAGGAUGCUCGAUUGAUUUUGCCAUGCCUGAUCUUAGCGCCAGAAAUUUUGAAUUUGAGUUCCCCAUGUAUUUUGGUAUCCAACACAAUAAAGAAUUGACCGAUUGUUUGUCGGAUAUGGGAUUUGUUGAAAAUACAAGAUUAGACAAUGAGUCAGCUAUUACUUCGAAUCUGUUGCCCUUCUCUUUCAGUCUAAAGAAUGGCGAAUUUGAUGGAGUCAAAAGAGGAUAUCCGGAAAGACACAAAAAUUUUUGCGGGGAUGUAUUGAAAUGCUAUAAUAAGGGAGGCAAAUGCUUAGAUGUUGCUGAUUAUUCUAUUGGAUGGGCUCGAAAUGGAGAUUAUGUCUCAAGUACAAUUCAGCAAAUUGGUGAAUAUACUUAUUGGAUAUGCGAUAAAGGUAUGGAACAUACUAAGCGUGAGAUAGUCUACCCUCAUUAUUUUGAUAAUGAAAUGGAGUUAACAUCUUGUUUAAAAAUCCCGCGCAGUUACUCUUGCUUCAAACGAGAAAAUAUUCGCGAACCAAAAAGAUGGGAAAUUAAGGAUAGGGACCAUACCGAUACACUCUUCAAUCAUCUCUAUACUUUCCAUAUUCUUCCAACAACUUCAAUGCAAACAAGUAUGCAAAAAAUUUGGAUUAAAUGUAAUGAAGAUGCGGAUAAGGAAGAUUGUAACGAAAAUGCGGCAUUCCAACAGUGUGACAAAAUGUUUGUGAAAUUUCCGUAUGCCGUUUACAAAAUGCUCGUUCCUGAUGAUCCAGUCAAACAAACGACUACGGGAGUUGGUGAAACGACAACGAUGGUUGAAUGUCCGCCUUGUGUUAUUAGCUGUCCGGCUGUUAACUGUUCGAAUGUUAUUCAAAAUUUAACCAAAAAAGUCGAAAUAAAGUCUCAAAAUGGACCAGAGACUAAAAAGGAUUCAAAGAAAACUUUGCAAAUUACUCUCGUUAUUGUUGGCUCUAUAAUAUUGCUUCUAAUGUUCACCGCUCUCCUCAUCUGUCUAUUUGUCAGCAAAAGCAAAUAA